AUGUCCAAAAUCUCAAUCGGACCCGAAGACUGUGGAGCCGAAGAGACAGAGACUAACUCCGAUUUUGGUAACUUCUGUGGAGGUUCAGAGGCAGAAGUUGGGGCCGGAGAAGGCCAUUUAGAGGUCUUGCCCUUAUCCUUCCUAGAUGAAUGUGACCUAGCAGAGGAGGAAGAACUGGCUAGGUCUUCCUUGAAGGAAGGCUUUAACAUGCCUUUCAAAAUCAGCUUAUUCUUCCAUUCAUGGAGUACUUUAGGGCUAAAAGAAUGGCAAAAGAGACAAGUUUCUUGUAGAUGUAUGGCCCCUAAGCAGUACAUACAGAUGAUUCCAAGGUCUGUCUGUAGUGAGAGCUGUCCUCCAGGAAAUCGAAAGGCUGCACAACAUGGACAGCCUCUUUGCUGUUUUGAUUGUAUUCCAUGCUCUGAGGGAGAGAUUGCCAACCAAACUGGUACCAUUGAAUGUCUGAAGUGUCCGAAGACUCACUGGCCCACUUUAAGUCGUGAUGCAUGUGUUCCCAAGAAUACAGAAUUUUUAUCCUAUGAAGACCACCUAGGCAUAGCACUGGCUGUGAAUGCCUUGAGCCUGUCUGCUGUCUCUACAGUAGUUCUGUGCAUCUUUAUUAAACAUCGUAACACACCAAUCGUCAAAGCUAACAACCGAAACCUUAGCUACUUACUCCUCCUUGUCCUCAUAUUCUGCUUCCUGUGCCCACUAAUGUUUAUCGGGCAUCCAAGCAACAUCAGCUGUGUACUACGACAAGUUGCCUUUGGCGUGAUAUUUUCUGUCAGCAUUUCUUGCAUUCUGGCUAAAACUGUCAUAGUGGUCCUGGUUUUCAGAGCCACAAAACCAGGAAGCAGUCUGAAGAAAUGGCUAGGGCCAACAACACCAUAUUUUAUUGUUGUAUUUGGUUCAGUUGUACAAUUUCUGAUUUGCAUUGUCUGGCUAACAAGUUACCCACCCUUUGUUGAACUUAAUAUGACAUCACACAGGGACAGAUUAUUAAAUGAAUGCAAUGAGGGCUCAUUUGCUAUGUUCUACUGCAUGCUGGCAUACCUAGGACUUCUGGCUAGCAUGAGUUUCUUGGUGGCUUUCAAGGCAAGAAAGCUCCCAGACAACUUUAAUGAAGCCAAACAUAUUACAUUCAGUAUGCUGAUUUUUAUGUCUGUUUGGCUGUCCUUUGUACCAGCUUACCUCAGCACAAAGGGCAAGUACAUUACAGCUGUAGAGGUGUUUGCUAUUUUGGUUUCAAGUGCUGGGUCUGUUGUCUGUAUAUUCAUGCCAAAGUGCUAUAUUAUUAUUUGGAGGGCUGAUAUGAACACUAAAGAACACAUGUUGCUUAAAACAAAUUUUGAAAAGAGAUCCUAA